CACACACUUCCGCUUUAUUCUCAGACGUGUUCCUGACCCUCUGAAUCCUCGGGUUAUAUUUUUAUUCUGCAUAAUUUUAGUAAAGCGUUGGGGCGGAAACGUGUGUGUGUGUGUCCGUGUGUGUGUCCGUGUGCGCGCGCGUGCCUUUGCGGGAAGGAGUGGCUCCCGCGAGCGACUCUGGUCUCCAUACAGAUGUCAAACGAACCCUAAAUGGGCUGCAGGAGGACUUUUUGAGGAUUUAUUUGGCGUUUGUUGGACGGAAGGAGGGUCCAGUGGAAUAAAAACCCAUCCAGCAAUAACCGGUUGCAGAUGUUUGAUUCCUACAUUUCUCUUUGCUUGAUAUAAGAGGAGGAGACACUGAGGACAGACGAUGCCAGUCCCCCCACCGCCCCCUCCUCCCCCACCUCCGACCCUGACUCUGGCCAACACGGAGAAACCCGUCCUGAAUAAGUCUGAGCAGCAUAGCAGGAACGCGCUUUUGUCCGACAUCUCCAAAGGAACCCGACUUAAAAAGACUGUUACCAGUGACCGCAGUGCACCUGUGAUCGACAAGCCCAAAGUAGGUGGAGGUGGUGGAGGAGGCGGCAGCGGCGGUGGAGGAGGCGGAGGUGGGUUUGGAGGUGGUGCUCCAGGAGGACUUGGAGGCCUGUUUCAAGAUGGUAUGCCAAAGCUGCGUUCCACUAGGGAUGACUCUGGUGGUGGCGUUCGACCCCCCAUGCUUCCUCCAGGGACUCGCAGUUCUGCUCCUCGCCCUUUUGUAGGUGGUGCCAGCUCCACCCCACGUUUCCCUGGACAGCGUAAUGGCCCUUCUGACUCUCCACGUUUCCGAAUGGCACCCCCAAGCUCUGAUACCCCAGGAGUGCUUCCUCCGCCCGUUCCAAACACUCCGAGACCCAAUCAGAGCAGUAUACAGAACAGAGGACCUCCUCCUUUGCCAGGUGGACCCCGCAGUACACCUACACCGCCCCCUCCUAACCCUUCUGGAAGGCAGGCGGCGCCCCCACCGGUUCCAGGCGGACGUCCCUACUCCAGCCCUUCCGCCCCACCUCCUGUGCCUCAUUCCAGUCGCCCUCCUCUUCCACCGGCUCCUAGUCGAGGAGAAGACCGCCCUCCUCCUGUCCCUCCGGGCAUCCGCCCAUCCAUGGGCCUCCCACGGGACAGCCCACCCCCUCCCCCUCCUCCUUCUGCCAACAGCAAGCCACCUCCACCACCUUCCUCAUCGCGUGGGCCUGUGAGCUCCGCUCCUCCACUGCCCCCAGGACGACCAAAGCCCAGUGACGAGAACACGCCACGUCUUCCUCAGAGGCACCUGUCACUCUCUCCUCAUGGUCCAUCCCCUCCUACGCCUGGGAGAUCAGGCCCACUUCCUCCGCCUCCGUCUGAGAGACCGCCUCCUUUGGGCCGAAAUCCGUCUGGGCGAAGCGGUCCCCUCCCACCUCCACCACCUUCUGGACGACCGGGAAGUGGAAACAUGAGGCUAUCUGCAGCUCCGCCCCCUCCGAGCAGAGUGGGGUCAGAACCUCCUCGUGUCGGCAACCGACCGCCCCUCCCACCAGACCGGCCCGCUUCCGGAGGACCGCCCCCUCCUCCACCUCCAAUGGGCAAUGGGUACCACAGUCAGGGUGCAGACGAAUGGGAAGCGCGUUUCAAUUUCCGCCCCGUGUCAGAUUUCCCGCCUCCGGAGCCGUACAUCCCGUUUCAGAAAACGUACCCCAGCAAAUUGGCCAGGAGUGAAGGCAGAGGUUCGACGAAAAAGGAGCGAGGUGCUCCACCGUUGCCUCCCAUUCCCAGAUGAAGGACGUGGACUGGACGCUCAGGGACACCAUGACCCUCCUUCCUCCUUUUUUUAUUUGAUUUUUUUUUUAUUCAUUUUUGCAUGUAAGGCACUUCCUUGAUGGUUUUUUUUUUUUUUUUUUUUUGUACGUACUAUUCUAUUCAUCGUUUACAGCGAGAUUGUCGGCGCUUUGACCGUUUUCUAGAAUUGUACACACACACGCACACACACACACACACACACACACACACACACACACACACACACACACCAAGAAACAUUUUGCUGACGAAUCACCACACAGUGCCUGCCCUGUUCACACUGCUGGGCCAACGUUUGAUAUGCUCACGUUUUUUUCUUUUCUUUUUUUUUUUAACGUGGGUGGGGAUGUACGCACCCAUACUACACCACACACAUGAAUAAAUGAUCUGACAGGGCCGGAAAUGGGCUCGGCUGCUUUAACAUGUUUACCACGACAUGCCUUUAUACAUUUAAUCUCCUUCAUCAGUCGCCCUCUCAUUGCAUUUACUGUCUUUUUUUUACUCUCUGUUUCUUUAUAUAUAUUUUUUUGUCCGAUUUCUGUAUGCACAUGGAUCCAAUAAUGAACACAGCUAAUUUUUUUAUAUUUUAUUCUAUUUUGUGUAACACUUAAAGGAAUAAUGCAGCUUUUUUCCAACAUUUCCGUCGACACGUUACAGCUGUCGAAUAUCUGCGAAUAUCAUGUGCAGGGAUUUUGUUUUGUUUUCUUGGAUUGGAAAAAUGGAAUGAAAAUCUAGAUAUUUCUCCAUAAAAUAAACACAGAAACAAAUUUAAAAAAAAGGAAGUAAAAGCAGACACGGUAGAAUUUUCUUAUUACGGAGCACUGAAGCAAAAGAUUAUUGCAUCAUUCCAUAAUUUGCGGUCAUUCAUUUCCUGUAAAAAAUAUAUUUUUUGGAUUAAACAAAAAAUUCUUUUCAAAACGAAGGAUUUUAAGCUUCAAAUCUCCUUCCAUGAUGAGCGCAAGAGUUCCUGAGACUCUCAAUAUUAAUGCUAAAGUGUAGUAUUUCAUGUAAAUCCAUGUUUGAUUGUUUUUUUAAUACAGUUAUCUAUGAUACUCAAUAAUGUGAUUGUUAGAAACGAACAAAAAAAAUUUGAUUUCGUAAUGAAGGAUGUGCCUUAUAAGGACCUUUAAUGAUGAUCUAUGCGUAUAAGGAUCUUUGUCUAGACACAAAGACCACAGAGUGCCUAAACAUUUUUUUCGUCUGCCUUUAUUUUCGUCUCGUUAUCAUUUCCGGAUGCUCAGCAUUCAUACGAUUGUUAAAAAAUUUACAACGUGUUCAAAAAGCGCGCUUUUUUUGUAUGCACCUAUCCAUAGACCGUACGUUCUGUAGAAUAAGCCACGCCCCUUUUUUUUUUUUGUUGCAUGGAGCGUGUUGUUACUAUUUGAGAAGCAGAUCAGAAAUAAGCUUGUGUGGGAUUUUCGUUCGCUUACAAAUUUCCCGCGAUCUUUUUCCCAAUGGUGUGAGUUUUCGCAGAGAGAUGAGAUGAAUGAGUGAGACAUCCUGGGAUUAUGCAAAUGAGUCUGUUUUUCUUUGAAACUUGUAUAUAAGUAAAAAUGCACAAAUACGUGUCACAAGAAGUCACAAAGCGAAGACCAAAAAAAUAUAUAUAAAAUCCAACCAAACUUGUGGAUUGAAGUUCUGAAAAGGUUCCUGUAAUAUUUUAGGGCGGGUUUAUAGUUUCUUUUAGCGACGUCUUGGUUAUGUCACUGUCACUGAGGCACUUACAGUGGUACUCUUUCUUUUUUUCUUUCGUUCUUCCCAUAGUUUUAGUUCUACUGUUCAUGUUGCAGCUUCUCUGCUUGUGCCUUCGUUCUGUUUGUGUGGAAUGUGAACACGUGUUUAAGAGUUUUUCUAAAUAAAUGUUGAAGUGAACCUUU